UGUGUGUUAUUUGUAAUUUUUCAGGUGAUUUCCUAAAAACGUUGGAAGACCCGGAUUUGAAUGUAAGAAGAGUAGCCUUGGUCACAUUCAAUUCAGCAGCGCAUAAUAAGCCAUCAUUAAUAAGGGAUCUUCUAGAUGCUGUUCUUCCACAUCUCUACAAUGAAACAAAAGUUAGGAAGGAACUCAUAAGAGAGGUAGAAAUGGGUCCAUUUAAGCAUACAGUUGAUGAUGGACUGGAUAUCAGAAAGGCAGCUUUUGAGUGUAUGUACACGCUUCUAGACAGUUGUCUUGAUAGACUAGAUAUCUUUGAAUUUUUAAAUCAUGUUGAAGAUGGUUUGAAGGACCAUUAUGAUAUUAAGAUGCUAACAUUUCUCAUGUUGGUGAGACUCUCCACCCUUUGUCCUAGUGCAGUACUACAGAGGCUGGACCGACUUGUCGAGCCCUUACGUGCCACAUGUACCACUAAGGUAAAGGCAAACUCAGUAAAGCAGGAGUUUGAAAAGCAGGAUGAACUGAAGCGAUCUGCCAUGCGAGCAGUGGCAGCGCUGCUUACCAUUCCGGAAGCAGAGAAGAGCCCCCUGAUGAGCGAAUUCCAGUCACAGAUCAGCUCCAACCCUGAGCUGGCGGCGAUCUUUGAAAGUAUCCAGAAAGAUUCGUCAUCCACUAACUUGGAGUCAAUGGACACUAGUUAGAUGUUUGUUCAACACAGGACCAUUACAUGGACCAGAUGAUGCACUGAAUUGACAGGUUAAUCAUAAGACAUGGAAAGAGAAGUGUUUAAAAGCAUCUAAAUAUUCCACUUUUUUCCCUUCAUGGAGACAGUUUGGCUUUCUUCCAUUGUUUUUGUAGCAUUUAUUUCAGAAAUAUGUAUUUACAUAAUCCAGAGGUUGUAAAACCACUAAUGUUUUUAGUGGUUAGGGCAACAUUUGAUGUGGAAACUAAAAGUUAGGGUUUAUGCAGUAUGGCAAUAGGGUCCAGAUUCUAUUUGCCCUGUAAUGUUUAGGAUCAAAAUGUUAAAAUUUUGUGACCAUGAAUUCUCCUUUUAUAAAUUUUCUCUUAUUUAAAAAAAUCAAAUUCUGCAAGACAAAAACCAUGUUUCUUUUUCUUGUGUAACUUUUUGUUUCAGCAGCAUAAAUUGAUAUUUAGCUGGCAGACAAGAAUAUCUGUGUAAAAUUUGUUACAUUUCAGAGGGUUUGGCAGUUUUAAAAAAGAUCAUUUUUUAAAUAUGGGGAUUAAAACAGUAUCCCUGUUGCGCACACUAAUUUUGCAUGAGCAAGUUUACAAAUAUGUAUUGUCUGUAAAGCAGCAUGUGCAGAUUAUUCAUAAUACAGAAGCUAAAAUAAGUAUUAUCGUAUUAGUGCAAUUUUCAGAUAUUUAUUUUUGCACAGAAAACACAUAUCUGGAGAGAGAGGGGAGUAAAUUUUUCAACCUUUGGUUUUCUUAAUGCCAGUGUGAAUUUGCAGAUGUUUUCAGCAGAUCAAGUCAUAAUAACAAUUUGCCACUUUUUCUAUUACAAAUUUUCUUACACAUUGAAAAUUUGAAUAUUUAAGUUUUGAGUUUUCCUCAGUUAUCCAUUUGUGUGCGUGUUUCCGCUUAGAAAUUCUUAAAGCCAGAUUUUUCUUUCAUUCCCUUUGGAUCUCUGCAUUCCGUAUUGAAGGAUACAAAAACUAUGUAUGCUUUUGAAUUUUAUUUUUACAAAAACCCUGAAGCUGGCUGUCAUACAUCUGUUGGCUAAUAAUAGUAUUUCUUUUAGUUGAGUUAGAUUUUUCCCCCUCUUUAGUAGAGCUGAUUUACAUAUUGUAUCUGACUACUUUUCCUGAUUAAGGGGUCUGUGGGGGAACAAAGCUUUGCAGUACCUUUUAUUGUAGUUAAAAUUUUAUUUAACAUUCCUUCAAUGAACUCACUUCACACUGUAGCCUCUUCCUUCAAAUUUGUGGUGCUCCUGUAUCAGUAUGAACUAACUUCUGAAAUAAAAGACAUCUCCUAAUGCUGUGCAAACACAGUUUACAUGUAUUGAAGGAAGCAGUUGUUAAAUUGAGUGACCAAUUUUAAGCAGUCAGAUAUUUGAAAACUGCACCCUUUAUUUUUGAAACUGUGAAUUGGAAAUACUUUUCCUGCUGUAUAACUUACCUGCUUUAACAUCCAAAUAUGCAGUGAUUUUAAUUGAUAACAUACUAUGGUUAUUAGAUUAACAGUGUGAUUUUGAAUGUUCAGAUAAUGCAUAAGACAUCAUUACCAGUAAGGAUUUUGACUAUUUACAUUGACAUGGAACGUUACAUGAAGUUGGUGCCAUUUCAAAAUGUGGCAGGUGGUAAUGUUAUACCAUAAUUUGCAUAAAAUUGUAAUAGACAUUUUAUUUUGAGAUAUUAGUAUAUUGUACUAUGCAUUACUGUGGUUAUAGAUGUUGUGGAUAUAUUUAAGCAUUUGGUUACAUGGUUUCACAAUAAAUUACAAUACUGCAGGCUCUAGGACCAAAUAGGAGACUGACAUGCAUAUAUUGUGUGAAUGUCUUAGUUAAUUGUCUAAAGUUAAAUCCAAAUGCUUUGCAUGUAUUGGAUUUUUUUUUUUAACUUCCAAGGUGAGUGGGUUUGGGGUAUUUUUUGUUCUUGUUUUUUUGUCUUCAUUUUUUUGAGUCUUAGAUGACUGUUAGUUUUUUUAAUACAAAUGAAAUAGUCUGCUCUUUUCUAGUAGUACACAAGAUUUUAGUGAUUACAUAUAUUCACAUACAUAACAAAAUUAGUAACAGAAGAAUACUCAGAUUUUAAAUGCUGAAUCAUAUGGAUUAACUCCAUACUUCUGUGGUGAUGUCCUGACACUGGAAUGGAAGUUGGAAUGUGUGGUGUCCAGUCCUACUCUGCCACUCAUUUCUCACUGGUCUUUGAAGCAUUAUUAGAAAGUUGUCCUUAGCAAUUCUCCAUCUGUGGGUGUCUCAGAUUUACAAGUUCAUAAUAAGAAAAUAGCUAUUUGCUGAUUUUCUUCAGGACAUGUAAAUUGCUCAGAUCUACCUCAUUUCUUUUUAAAGACAGCUCAAUAUGGGGCUGUACUUAGAGGUAAGGUCAUUUUAUGAAACUAAGGCAGAAAGGAAAUUUGGUAUAAGGCCUAACCGAAAAACUUACAUCGACAGCACUGAAUGAUCAUUUUUAAGAUGACGGUCAUAUAUUCGUUAGUUAUAUCUAAAGCUUCUUAACCAUUGGAAAUUAGAAUUCUUCAAAGUGGAGAAUAUGAUGAAUGAUGACUGCCAGAUGUUUGAAGAUUACCAUAAUUAACCAAAUCACCUUUUUUUUUUACACUCUUGUUAGGUAAACAGUAAAGAAAUAAGGGCAUAUAUCUAAUUUAGCUAAUUGAAAGGGAUGUUCUGGUAUCUUUAGCUUAAUGUCAGACAUCACAUAAAUGAUUGUAUAUUACAUGAUUGAAGUUCAAAGUAAGAAAUAUACAAAAUCCUGUCAUUGAAAAUUUUAGUUAACUGGUAAAUUCAUAAGCCUUGUAAGGUGUAUUUAGCCUCAUAACAAAGUAUAUAGUAAUACUUUACAAUUUAAAAAGUUGAAGUAACAUUUUCUGCCCACAUUAAAUCUUACCAAAAAUGUAAACUAUUAAAAGUAAUUGCCAGUC